AGCGAUUCGUGUAACUGACGUCUGACGUCAUCAACCCGGGUGUCAUCUUGAACCAUCUUAUAACCGCGGCAAAUAACACAGAAAUUUUGGUUAUUCGCUUGGAUUUGAUUUAGGUCAUGACUUGUCGCCGACUAUCAGUUUGCUGAUUGUCAGAACAAACCACCUAUCUACCUAUUUUGUGUUUUUCGAUUGGGCAACACUGGUCUAACAUGUUCUGUGUAUAUACAUGUACAUGUUUUGUGAGUAUAACCUCACACUUUGUUGUCUAUUGCCUGUGUUUGUCAUCCCACUUCAAUCACAGGAUAAUUGUGGUAUAAUAACCCUAAAUAACAGAAAUAACUGUCUCUACUGCGUGACUGCUGCCAAGAUGUCGAAUCCGGAAAACUAUAAAAACGCAAAGUCCAUCUACGAGUUUACCUGCAGGGACAUCAAAGGCAACGAGGUGUCUUUGGAGAAAUACAGGGGACAUGUCUGCAUCAUCGUCAACGUAGCUUCGCAGUGUGGAUACACGAAAAACCACUAUGCUGAAUUGGGAGAGUUAUAUGAUCAGUAUGCGGAGAGCAAAGGCCUCAGAAUACUAGCAUUUCCAUGUAACCAAUUUGCAAAUGAAGAGCCAGGUACUAGUGAAGAAAUCUGUCAAUUUGUGUCAUCAAAGAAUGUGAAAUUUGACAUGUUUGAAAAAGUAAAUGUGAAUGGUAGCGAUGCCCAUCCAUUAUGGAAGUACUUGAAACACAAGCAAGGUGGUACCUUGGGAGAUUUCAUCAAAUGGAACUUCACAAAGUUCAUUGUUGACAAAGAUGGACAGCCAGUGGAGAGACAUGGGCCUAGUACUAGUCCCAAGGAUUUGGUUAAGAAUUUGGAAAAGUAUUGGUAAUGCUUGGUAAUGGUCAGAUGAUAUAUCAAUAUUCUGUUGAUUUUUGGUUCCAGAUUUGGAAUCUGUUAUUCUACUAUCUUAUUUAGUUUGUGUCAUUUUGUCCAGCAAUAUUUUAUUGAUAUGCACAAAUUUUAUAUUUUAAGGCUUUAUAAUUGUUAAAAAAAAGGAAAAACACUAACAAAAUAGCAUUUUCAUCAGAUGAUAACUAAGCAAAAAGAGAUAAAAACUUCCUUGUGAUAACAUGGCUUUCUCAAAAUUUGACAGUAUUGUGGUAUGAUAGUGAAUUAGUGACUGUGUGAUAGUGACUCAUAAAAUAAAAAACAAAUGUUACAUUCAAGGGAUCUAUUUGCUCUUUAUGAUUAUUGAUCCAGUAAAAAUACUACCAAAAAAAAUACCAAUGAUGUUUAUAUCUUAAAGUAUCUAUCUAUGAACAUAGCAUGUAUAAUUGUGUGUUUCAUUAUAUAUAACCAAAUAUAUGUUCAAUUAUUAUAUAAAAAAUGAC